UUUCUCCUGGUUAUCUGGUUUCUGGUUCACAUCUCGUUUCUGUGACCUGUUCUCGUAACAAAGUCGAAGAAGAAACUUGGAGUAUCCCACUGCAAGCUGUUCGGCUCGAGGUUCUUUGUGAGCUGGGCAUGGUCUUAGGGACGACGGCGGGGCGAUGACGCUCUACCACCGUCCUUCGUCAUUGCCAGGAGUCCCUCAGGACUCACCCAGUCACCCGAUCCUGAGUUUGGUCCCUAUCCUUGCCUCCGUCAACGAGCGUUGCUGUUACUCCUCGUGGAAACCGGCAAAGACGAACACGACUGGCGCGUUCACGAGGAGGUAUGAAAGAUCGACCUCAUCGACCUUACCGAGAUCAUCACGGACAGGCGAUGCCCCUAGAGGAGGUUCAAGGAUUGCUGCUUCCACCCUCCAGAACAGGUAACCGGGGACCUCUGAAUGUGACGAUUGUACAGGUCGGGAAAGGAAAUGGGGGCGGUGGAGAUGGCGGAAGUGAUUUACUGAGAUUGGAACCACCGUCGGAUUUAAGGCCAACUCCGUCGCCCUUAUCCGACACGAGUGCCACACUGCAGUCGGACAACAAUGAUACCUUUAGCGGAGGUGUCGAUCCACGAUUACUGUUGGGUGCCAGCACCGGUGGGGAUCGUAACACGUGGGAGGGUCGUUACUACGUGAAGGAACAUCGACGUGCUGGAAAAGCGACAUUUCAGGGUCAAGUUUACAACUUCCUGGAGCGUCCCGCCGGCUGGAAGUGCUUCCUAUACCACUUCUCUGUGUGA